UCUGAAAAAGUUCCAGCUAGGCAGUGAUGUUAAACAGAUGAUUACAUUCAGCAGUACAGGAUACAUGGAGUUCAGCUGACUCAAGUUCUGAUCUGGGGGAUUUGGGUUUUGCGAUGGAACGAGUAUGGCUGCUGCUCCUGCUCACUAUAAAGGUGCUCUCAGUGACCACGCAAUUCAAUGGAUACAACUGCGAUGCCAGCCUCCACAGCAGAUUUCCUGCGGAAAGAGACAUCAAUGUCUACUGUGGAGUACAAGCAAUUUCUAUGAAGAUUAAUUUUUGCACUGUCCUUUUCUCCGGUUAUUCUGAAACAGAUUUAGCAUUAAAUGGGAAACAUGGGGACUCUCACUGCAGGGGAUUUAUAAACAACAACACAUUUCCUGCUGUGGUCAUAUUCAUCAUCAAUCUCAGCACAUUGGAGGCCUGUGGUAACUCUUUAAUGGUCACCUCGGUUCCAGGUGUUAAUGCUUAUGGCAAUAUAUCUACAGUCCAGAUAGGGAAUGUUUCAGGAUAUAUAGAUACCCCAGAUCCACCAACAAUCAUCAGCUAUUUGCCAGGACUUCUAUAUAAAUUUAGUUGUAGCUACCCUCUGGAAUACUUAGUCAACAAUACGCAACUUGCAUCGUCAUCAGCUGCUAUAUCUGUCAGAGAGAACAAUGGCACAUUUGUUAGCACUUUGAAUUUACUCCUUUACAAUGAUUCUACCUACAGCCAACAACUGAUCAUCCCUAGUAUAGGGUUACCUUUGAAAACAAAAGUUUUUGCAGCUGUGAGAGCAACAAAUCUUGAUGGAAGAUGGAAUGUUUUGAUGGACUACUGCUAUACAACUCCAUCUGGAAAUCCAAAUGAUGAUUUGAGAUAUGAUCUCUUCUUUAGCUGUGACAAAGACCCUCAGACAACCAUAAUUGAAAAUGGGAAGAGUCAGAUGGGCCGGUUUUCCUUCGAGGUGUUCCGCUUUGUGAAGCACAAGAACCAGAAAAUGUCCACAGUUUUUCUUCAUUGUGUGACAAAGCUGUGCAGAGCUGAUGACUGCCCCUUUCUUGCUCCUAUUUGUAGCAACAGAAAAAAAAGAGACGUGGCAAAAAUAACCACUUGGAGCCCUCAGAGCACAUCUGGAAGUGCGGUCAUCUCUGCUGGACCCAUCAUAACCAGAACUGAUGAAACUCCAACCAAUAAUUCACAACUUGGCAAUCCAAAUGGAUCUUCUUUCCAGCUCAAUUCUGUCACCAGUGCGUUGAUUUCAGGAAUAGUAAUUUUGGGAAUUAUGAGCACAGUCUUCCUCAUAUUUUCCCUCCUCCUCCUCCACAGAAAGUGGCCCAGCAGUAGUCCAGUUUUGAGUGGUGUACGAAACCCUGUUUUUAACUAGAAAGAACAAAUCAAUGGGACAUUCUCUGUGGGAUUGCCAAGAAAUGUAUUUUCUUUGAAGUGUCACCAAGGCAGCAUUCUGCCACUUUCAGAUUCCAGCUAGUCUUACUUGUAGUUUUAUACAUGGUAUUGUAUAGAUAAUAAGCAGUAAAGAUGAUGGCGGCUCUUUUUCAUUUAUGUUUAUGGUUAUGUGAGUGAUUGAGCUAUUUGACAUUUGCCAACAGGAUUACAGAUAAUUGAAGUGGUUUCAAACAUCCAAGUGGCAUCAUAAAGGGUUUUUUUUUAAAAAAAGCUUCAGGCAAAAAAUAAGCUUGAAUCAAAAACAACCUCCAAAUAUAUCCAUAUUAUACAAACAUGACUGCUAUAAAAGACCCAUAGUUAAUAUGCCCCUUUGAAUGGGGGCAACCUCUGUGUUUAUUUCCAUUUUUUGACAAUUUUAUACAUUUUAUUCCAUUCUUUAUGAAUUCUGGUACUUGAAGCACAUAGUUUUCAUUUUCUACUGCACUGCAGAAAAGAGCAGCAAAUAGUUCAAAAUAAUCAUAAUGAGUAGUUAUAGUUUUUAAUUGCUUGGGAAAUAUAAUCAAAUGGGAUGGGGUGAAUGUUACUCUGUUUUAGGUUGAGUUCAUAUUGUGAAAGGAAUGACAAUAAUGGACAUAUGACUGACUUGUGUUUAAUCAUAUUUUUCCUAAGCCAAAAUGUUUUGUGUUGCAAAUUUAGGAUUGAACUGAAACUAUUCAAUGUCCUAGAAAUGCAUUUGGCAGUGUUGAAAAGCAUCCACUCAUUUGAGAUGUAUUGCUGGAAAAGAGUCACCUAUUUAAUUUAUUCAAAUUGCCCCUUGCUCUUUCUUUGAAUUGAAUUUCUUUAGCCAUAAUUAUUUCUAUCAUCUCAUAGCAAAAUCCAGUUUCCUGUGUUGUGGGGAAGGAACUCACUUUUCUGGCUCCCUUCUCCUUGGCAGCCCUCACAGCCCCACAAAUGCAAAUUUAGGGGAGUAGGUGGACUCUUUUGAGUGGAGAGGGUUGUGGAUAGAAAUAGGAAAAAGCUUACAUUAAAUUAAUGGGAGGUAGUCCUACUCCACUCACAGUCCCCUUCCAAAGUUUUGCAAACUUAUUCCUGGAAGAGUUGUUAUAUGCAAAAGCAUUAUUUUCCCAUAAAAUCCAAGGCGGUUUUUUGAGUGGGGAAGGGGUACAAAUUAUUUUUUGGUGCAAAGGCCCCUGAAAUGCAAAAAAGUCUUUGGGUGGUUUCUGAAUGGGGAGUUUCAGUGUACUGAGGCUCCAUUUUUCACUGAAGGGAAGAAAAAGGUGUAAAUAUUAUUUACACCUGUACUUCACACAUUCACACAUUGAAAAGGGUCCUGCAAAUUUGGCUGAACACCUGACAUUCUUGAGAGUUGAGUUCAAUUUGAUUAGGUGUGUACACCUGAAUGUGGUUGGAGAGCUUUGCAAAUGGUGCAUUGAUGUGAAAGUUUAACAGCUGGGCACACAGGGGCAUUUGGAGGCAUGAGUUACAUGUAUGCGCACUUCCUUCUUCCCAUUUGAACUAUUUGUAUAUGCAAGUGAACAUUUGCAUAGGGCUUUUUGUAACUAGCUAACCAUUCAAUGCUUGGUAGGCCUUCAGUAGAAGAUAUAUUAACUUUAUGCUUAGUUUUUACCCCACCUUUAGGAUGAAGGACAGUUCACAAAGACCACUAGAGGAAAAUAUUUUCCCAAAUGCCUUCAAGUAUUUGUGAGGCUUCAGGGACACUUUGGGUCUCAUUCAAAUUAUGAUGAAGUAAUUGAAAGGUGUUUAUACUAGAACACAUACUUUCUACAGCAUAUUUAUGGCUGCAAACUGUAUGAAGUUGUCUGCACUAUUAAAAAUGCAAAACCCUUAGAAAAAAAUCAAGUUAAUUUUCAGGUAAUUUUUAAAGCCUCCCCUCUGAUGAUCAAACAAUUAUGGAUGUUUGGAUUUUACAUCAACUAGAAGUACCCC